GAGGGGUGUGUUGGAGCGUGGUUCAGGGUGUGUUGUAAUUUAGUAAUUCUUAGGAUGGUAGCUAGGUAUGUCUGAUAAGCAUGGACAGGCCCAGAGAGAGAGAGAAGAGAGAAGAGAAUGAGAGAAAAGAGAGAGAGCGAGAGAGAGAGACAGAGGGGGGAGAGAGAGAGACAGAGAGAGAGCGAGAGAGAGAGACAGAGGGAGAGAGAGAGAGAGAGAAAGAGACAGAGGAGAAAGACGGAGAGCGCGAGAGAGAGACAGAGAUUAGUAUUAGCGGCGUCCCACUGGACACAUACAUCAGUUCAACGUCUAGUCAGGAUUUACAUUGGGUUGAGAUUUAGGUUCAAAGGUUAAAAAGAGACUAAAUGCCCCUACGUUGAUGACUUUUUGCAAAUCCAAUCAGUUUUCCACAUUGAUUCAACGUGAUCACUGGUUGAAAUGAUGUGGAAACAACGUUGAUUCAGAUUCAAACUGUUUUUUCCCCAAUGGUGUGUGUGUGUGUGUAGGACAAUAGUGUCUGAUGUGUGUAGACAGGCCCAGAGAGAGAGAGAGUGUAGGAGUGAACCACAGGUUGUGGUGAGCCGACCUCAUGUUGUGGUUGUGCUGAGCCGACCUCAUGUAAGUCGCUCUGGAUAAGAGCGUCUGCUAAAUGACUUAAAUGUUAAAUGUUAAUGUUGUGGUGAGCCGACCCUCGGGUUGUGGUUGUGGUGAGCCGACCCUCGGGUUGUGGUUGUGCCGAGCCGAGCCGACCCUCGGGUUGUGGUUGUGCCGAGCCGAGCCGACCCUCGGGUUGUGGUUGUGCCGAGCCGACCCUCGGGUUGUGGUUGUGCCGAGCCGACCCUCGGGUUGUGCCGAGCCGACCCUCGGGUUGUGGUGAGCCGAACCUCGGGUUGUGGUGAGCCGAACCUCGGGUUGUGGUUGCGAUGACUUCAGGGUGGGAUCGUCCUCAUUCCUUUUUCACCCAACACAUCCCUGACUCACUCACUGUGCAUUUCCUCCGAAAUACUCCAGGCAGAGGAUGAAUGAACCGGGAAGCAUGUGGUUUUGACACGUUAAACCCUCUCUGGACAGGUUUCUCAGACCCAGACUAAAGCCUGGUCCUGGACUAAACACUCUUUCAAUGGCAAGUCUCCAUUUAGAAUAAUUGUUUUUCCGUGACAAGGUUUAAUCUGGAUUUGGGAAUCCGGGCCUCUGAGUAAAUAUUUUUAGAACAUCAAACGUAUAUUAAAUGUAUUAACAUUAACAUUAACAGAAGGAUUGGUUACCCAGACCCAGCUGGACACGUUGGACGAGGCAAUAAAACCAGUCCUGCAGGCUGUCAGUCACAGAACAGUGACAGGGUCUCCUCCCUGCAGCUCCAGGUGUAUAUCUUCCUAUCUGAGCCACUAUGAACGUUGUGAACAGCAGCCAGUGGUUCCUGAGCCAGCCGUCUCCCAGCCCAGCGGGACCCAGUAAAGGACUGGGCUGUACUGAUACCUGGCAGGCAGAGACGGGCCGUAUCGCUCAGAUGAUAAUCACCAUAUUCAUCUUCCUGGUGGGCGUGUCCUUGAACAGCCUAGUGGUGUAUGCGUUGGCCUGGCGUGGGCGUGGCCGCCUGACGAGGCGUGGCAGCUUGGGCAUAGGGGAGACGCGUGGCGCCAGUAGCUUCCGCGUCUACGUCGUGAACCUGGCGUUGGCUGACCUGGUUCUCCUCCUCCGCACCCCACUGAUGCUGGCGUACCUGGCCCACGGCUGUAGCUGGCCCAUUGGGAAAGUAGCCUGCCGCCUGGUGGUAUUCCUGAGAGGCCUGGGGCUAUACGCCGCAGCCUUCCUGCUGUGUGCCGUGGCUGUGGAGAGAUGCCUGUGUCUCCUCAGACCGGUCUGGUCCAGUCUGAAGCGUCCUCGUUGGGCCGUUCCCCUGGUGUGCGGUCUCCUCUGGGGGCUUGCUGCUACCCUGGCUGCCCCUUACCUCCACACUGCAGACCUGCUGGAGAUCAACGGUACUACCCAGUGUCUGGAAAGCAUGGGGUACAGCACAGGGCUGUUUGUGACAGAGACGGUCGCUGGGUUCCUCCUGCCUUUGACGGUGUUCCUGGUGAGUAACGUAGCCGUGCUGUGGACCGCCGGGAAAGCAGGGGGCGCAGGACCGACCUCUCCAUCCACCUCUUCUUCUUCCUCUUCGGCGACUGCGAGACAGAUGGCCAGGCUGUACCGGGUCCUCUUCCUCACCAUGCUCCUCUUCCUCUCCUGCUGGGUCCCUUACUUUACCUGCCGCUUCCUGCGGGCGCUGGCCGCAGGGCGACCUGACCGGGCGGGACUGUACCGGGCGUCGUUCACGGGGGCAUACGUCUCUCUGUUCCUGGUGUACCUGAAGAGCUCCCUGAACCCUGUCCUCUACGUGUUCGCUGCACGAGGCCUGGGGCGCACCGUCCGCGCCUCGCUCCCCUCCACCAUCGAGAGAGUCUUCAACGAUGACUUUUCUGACUCCAGGAGUAGACGGACCCUAAGGAGGGAGGAUUCACAGAUCUAGUGCCCUAAAAAUCCCCGUUAGGGACCUUACAUAUGGGAGAUUCACAGAUCUAGUGCUGGGACCUUGCAAUUUUACUAGCAGACUGUAGAGAUCCACUGUGACUGCUGGCCAACAUGAACUCAGACGUUACAGCUUGCUUCAGCCCUAUCUGGACUACAUGGCCUACAUUAUUAGGACUAUAUUGCAUUAUCUUAGGCUGGGUGGCAGGCUUGCUUCAGCCCUAUCUGGACUACAUUAUUAGGACUAUAUUGCAUUAUCUUAGGCUGGGUGGUAGGCUUGCUUCUGCCCUGUCUGAACUACAUGGACUACAUUUUUAGGACUAUACUGCAUUAUCUUAGGCUGGGUUGCAGGCUCCCUUCAGCCCUGUCUGGACUACAUUAUUAGGACUAUAUUGCAUUAUCUUAGGCUGGGUUGCAGGCUUACUUCAGCCCUAUCUGGACUACAUUAUUAGGACUAUACUGCAUUACCUUAGGCUGGGUGGAAGGCUUGCUUCAGCCCAUUGACGUCAUCAGACCUGGACUUUCGGGGAUUUAGCCCCGAGUCUUGGUGUAAAACAAGCUAGGCUGCACUGCAUUAUACACUGCAAAGAACUCCAAACAUGAGGCCUGCCCUGCCUUUUCAGUGCUGCCUAAAACAACCACUUCUGUGUACGGUGGCCCUUUAGGAGCACUAGCGGGGGGGGGCCAAUGCCCCUGUGACAACAAUUUUGGACCCCCUUUGUGGCCCCCCUAAAUGUGGAGUAUGAAAUAAUUUUUACAUUACAAAUUUUUUGCCAUCGUUCUUUUUUUUUUACAUCCGUUAUUAGACAGUGGCAACAAUGAUGAUUAUGAACAUGGUCUUUUGCCUGCUAAUGCCUGCAAUGCAGUGAAGAAAAUGAUAUGACAACAAUAACGUCUAAUGUAACUGGCCCCUCUAACAGUACAACUGGCCCCAGCUUGGCCCCUCUAACAGUACAACUGGCCCCUCUAGAACCAAGCAAGGAGGGGUGCAGAACCAAGCAAGGAGGGGGGGGCAGAACC